AUGCUUCGGCACUGUACCGCACAUAGACGGUACCGAACAGCAUGGCGGGAGCUGCUUCACCCACUACCCGUGCGUGCGCGGAAAAUGGAAUGGCUGAAGCGUGAUGCUGUCGAGGAGAAUGAAGAAAUAUUGCGUAGACCAUAUUAUACCAUCAAAUCUUACGCCCUCCCACCUGCCGUUGGGCGUCAGGAAUCGAUACACAAUUCUAACAACAUUAGAGGGGGGAUGCACUCAUCUCACAGUUUAGAUCUCAUCAUGCGGCAACCACGGCGGGUAAAGACGCCAGAACAGUUGCAAGCGCUGAGGGAUCGGUUGCGCUUCAUUGGAGUGACGGGCCCCAUGCCACAAGCAACAUCGGUAUCAACGAAAAGUUACGCGGAUACGUAUGGCAGUAGGCUGCGACCGCGAUAUCCGGAGAGUUGGGACACGGUACCGCCGCAUCAGCCAUCACGGGAGUUGUUGUAG